AAUUUUCUGUAUAUAUAUUAUUAUAAAGUAACUUGAAUAAAAUUAAGUAAAUUAAUACAAUGACUUAUAAAUAAUUGCAAGUUUUUAAAAAUAUUUUUUUAAAAGAGCUAAUAUUCUUUAGAUAUAAAAUACAAUGAACAGUGGUUAAAAGGCUUUCUGUGGUUUUGUUGAUGUUGAUCAUGAGACUAAAGUUUACGUCUCGGCCCAUGUCUAGAGUUAAGACUUAAGACCUAAUCACCUAAUACUACUGCUACUAGUACUAGUAGCGGGGUGAAACAAGUCGUUAAUUAUUAUUAUUAUGCUUAAAAUUUUAAGCGUGGAUCUUUGAGAAAAAAUAUUUGCACCUAUGAGUUAAAACAUUUAAACAAUUUAAUCAAUCAUCAACGACUGUGAUGAUGGUAAGUAGACUAGUAGACGAUUAGUAAAAAGUAACUUAACUACACAGACACUAGACACUUCACCAUUUUUGUCGAUGUAACUAUAUAGUAUUAGUAAUGUAUAUUAUUUAUUAUAUAGCCAGUAUGUUUAGGCAGGCAUUAAUCAUGAUAUAAUCAGUAUUACGAACUGUACAGCUUAGAUAAGAUGAAAAUAAAAUUCUUUUAUUUUACUGAUCAAAAAAAAAAAAAAAAAGGAAAUAUGAAUGACAAUUUGACAUUGUUUUGUACAUAAUUUCAGCUCAUACAAUUGUCAUAUAUAAAAGAAAACAUUUUGAAUAAAAGAAAAAUGUAUUAAUUUUUCAAAUAGAAAUUAAUGUAUGAAAAGAAAACAGUUUGAGUUUAAAUCAAUGUCAUGGCCAUGAAAAUGAUUACGGACAUGAACUCAUUCAAAUAUGAAGUGAAGGGAAAAUAUUGCGACUUUUCCAAUCUGUCUUUUUAGUUUGCGCUUAGUGAUUAGUGUGCAUCCACAUACUUUCAAUAGUCUGUGUGUGGGCACCAGCAUCAUUUGAAUUGACAAAAUUAUGUUGAACAACAACGGAGUGUUCGUAGAAUCUGUGUCUGAUUUGGUUUAUGUUUGUAUAAGCCGCCCAUCCAUCAUCCAUCCAUCUGAUACAAUAAAUGACAUGAAAAGUGGUAGAAUACCACCACUGCCUAUAUUUGUAGUAUUAAGUAAGGAUAUCAGUAUUAUAAAAUAAAACUUUUAUUAUUUCAUUUUUUUGUAGUAGCAGUAGCCUAAUAGAAUUAGUUUAUUGUUUUGACUUUAUACUUAUUAAUAGUUUAUAGUAUCAUUUUCAAUGUAUGACUGAAUUUUGUUAAUAAGUGAGGCCAAUCCUUGGCUAGUAGCCUACUAGUUACUUGUAGGCCUAUAAGCUAUUAAAAAAUAUAUAAUAAACUCUAUUUUAAUAGAAUAUAGUACCUUCUUAUAACUUAUAGUUGUUAUAGUAGGCUAUAGACUAAAGUCAAGUUAUAUUUAUAUUUUCUAUGAUGAUAGCCUACCCUGGUAGGCCUAUGCAAGUGGAAUAGACUAAACCCCCACCCCCCCCCCCCCAUGUAUGAGUAUAGAUAUCUAUAUUCUAUAUUAUACACAUUCUUCACGUAGCAAUAUACCUGUGCCCGUAUAAUGUGGGACUGUUUGGAGUUUAUGGUAAAGAAAACUCUUAUUAAUCUGUGUUUGAGUAAACAUUAACCUACUCUCUUGGCAUAAAUGGCAAUGCAUACUGUGACAGAGUAUACCAAAUUUACCUGUUCUUUUUAACUAUGUCAUAGAAUUGACCAUGGCAAAACUGCUUCUGGCCAGUGUAAUAGAAAAAUGCAACCAACAUUGUGAUUACUAGUGGCUCAGCAAGAAUCAUAAACACACAUGUUGAUAUGAACUCUGAAAGUCAUAAUUUAAGCGUAUUUAUCUCAUUUAAUUCAUACUAUUUGUAAAUAAUAAUCUCCUGGGAUUUCCCAAUGUAGAACAAACCAUUUUAAUUUUUAAAAGUCUCUAAUUUUCAACCAUUCCCUAUUGAGGGUUAACAUAGGCAUAAACAAAUAAAUUUUGGGGUAAUAGCUAAACAAUCUCCAGGCCCCCCCAAAUUAGUCAAAUUAUAAUAUAGUUAAAUAAUACAUUUAAAUAGACCAAGCCUAUGGUCACAGAACUAUUAUUUAAAAUAUAAAUAGGUUUACAAUAAACAUGACAGCAGAAUUUUUCAUCUUUUUUAAAAUCUUGUAACACAGUCUAAAAGUAGUACUAAAAUUUCUCAUCACACCAUUAUUAUUCUAUGAGUAAUUUUUUUUCCUACUUGUGGAUACUCUACGUUUUGAGUAAAAAGAUUUUAAUUUCAGCAUUCAGGAGAUUGGCAUGCAUGUUGAUAAAGGAAAUUAAUCGGGAAAAAUUUCUUACUGUUCUUACUGUUAAUUGUUAUAUAUAAUCAAAUUCAGCACUCAAAUUGUCAAUGCCAUACCUUACUAAGGUAAAGAACAAUUUUUUGGAUAUUUUAAUUUUUUUAAAAACAAUAAUCUUCUGGAUCAAUUUUUAGAAAGCAGUGGACUGAACUCCUGUUUCAUGAUGCUGGUUCGAGCUCACCCCUUCCCAAUCAUAACCACUAGGGGUGCGGUGAGUCAUCACACAAACCAUCUAAGACAGUAGUUCUCAACCUUUCUAAUGCCGCGACCCCUUAAUACAGUUCCCCAUGUUUUGGCGACCCCCAACCACAAAAUUAUUUUCGUUGAUACUUUAUAACUGUAGAGUAUGUGUGUUUUCAGAUGGUCUGAGGCGACCCCUGUGAAAGGGUCAUGCAUCAUGCGACCCCUAAAGGGGUCGCGACCCACAGUUUAAGAACCGCUGAUCUAAGAUGUUCCAGCGGGACAACCCCCCACCCCAAUUUUCCUAGGGGUUGGGAUAGUGCAUUUACCACCGAAUAUUCCCCCUCCCAUUCAGGGCUCCAGAUGAUUACCCUCUAAACUAUGUACUAGAAAAAUGACUUUUAAAAAGUUGCAACUUUUUACAAAGCUUCAUUUACUCAAUGAAAAUUAGACAGUUUUUAAAUAAUCCAUUUGAUAUUUUACCACCAUUGUAAGAAUUAAGAGUCUAAACCUACAUAUGUCAUCUAACAAUGAUUUAAUUUUAAGAGAAAAAAAAUACUCUUUAAAUCAAGGAAAUUUUCUUUUUGUAUUUUUCUUUAUGUGAUUUUAUUUUAUGCAUAAAAAAAUAUGUUUCAAAUGCAUUUAGUAAACUCUAGUUUUGUUUUGUAUACAAAUAUGUCAGAACUUUUUUAGGCUUCCUUCUCAUGGUUAAUCAGAAAUUUAAAUUCCUUUUUCUGCAUUAUGAUUAUUCCUUUUACUAGAGCCUACUGGUGAAUUUGCCAUUAUUAUGUUACUGUAUGUCUCCCAUCUCAUAUACAUCUUUGCCUUUAUACAAAUGAAUGAAUUAAUAAUAAAUAUACCAAUGAUUAUGCCAAUCACCACUCUUAAUCACACAGGAGUGUAUUUAUAAUCAUUAAAGUAGAAGAUGAUAUACUUUAUUUUUUAUUUAUUUUAUUUUUAUUUAUACUAAGCCAACACAAAUAAUAAUUCUCUAGGUAUGUAUGUAUGUAUAUAUGGCUGUAACGAUGUAUUCAUUUGGUGCUCAAAAUAAAAGUUUUAGAAUUUAGCACUAAUUGGGAUUCUUAUAAAGUGCGUUACUUGAAUGCAUGUUUUGUCCAGACUUAGGUAGAUAGGAACUUCACGCAUUGCUGCCGCCAUUGUUUGGUUGGUUAUUUCUCAUAUAUAGUAAUUAGCAGAUAAGAUGUCUUCUACACUUCAAGUAAUUAUUGAUGCAAGUUUUAAUAUGGACAUUUUAUUUAAUGGGACUGCAAAAUACUUAUUGUUAUUUCUCGUCUUUUUUUCAGAUUACUUUAUAAUACUGGUUAAUAAGUUACAUUUCAAGAUUUUUUAGCAAAUUAUAGACUCCUGGGCUUGUGAAUUUAAUUAAAAUGAAGGACACGAGCACUACCGUGAGAAGUUAAUAAAAUGGUGAAAUUUAUUUAAACAAGAUUAAAUCCAAAGGACAGCAUUUUCGGUAAAUUACAUGAUAAAAAUGUUGGCCACUAAUGGGCAAAACAAAAAGAAAACAUUUCACUUAGAUGAAACUGAUCUUCUAUGCAAGAAUGGAUGUGGCUUCUAUGGGAACCCUGCCUGGCAGGGAUUUUGUAGUAAAUGCUACAGAGAGGUUUACCAAACUGCACGGCAGGCACAGAUGCAACAUGAUGCUGCCAAGGAAGCUUCACAGACGCCCGGUGUUAUCAAAAAGUAAGUGGAAGAUUCCAUUUACAAUUCAGAUAUAAGGUUUUUUUAUUCAUGAGAGUGAAUCCACCUAAUUUAACUGUAUUUUUCUAUCAGUUUAUAGUUGAAAAUGAAAUAAAAAUUAAAAACUCGCCCUUCUGGUUUAAAUUUACUUUUUAACAUUUUUUUUAAUGUUGAGUCAUUUCUUGUAUCUUACCACCUUUUUUCCUGUGGCUGUUGAAGGAUGGUGAUGUGGGUGUGGAGUAGUGGCUUUUUAUAUCUUUGCUGACCUAAUCAAAACAAAUGGUAUUGUUGCGAUUCACUGAAUAUGAUUCAACAAUUUCGCCUGCCAAGUUUGGGAACAAAAUUAAUUCUACUAUAAUUAGCAUAAUUAUUCUGUUUAUUAAGUCAAGUCUUAAAAAUCAAUUAGUUUUUUUGUUGCUUUUUUAAGGUGUUCAAAAAAUAAAUAAAUUAUGCUGUGAUAUAAUAUAAAUUAAAUUAUGGCAUGAUAGAUAAGCUCUAAUGUGACUACCAUUUCUCUUAACUAAACCACUGCCUGUGAAGGGUAAAAAAAUAUGUCAAUGAUCAGAUUAUAUAAUAUUGUUAUUAUUAGUGGAUUUAUAUGGUGUGUUGUCCCAGCUGUGCAUACAAUUUAACAAACAUCAUCAUGAACUUAAAAUUUUAUUUUUUAUUUAUUUUAUUUUUAUUUAAAACCAAGCCAACACAAAACUUAAAAUACUGAUUUUUAAAAGUUGAUUUUUAAACAGUCUUUAAACUCUCCUACUUAUAUUAGAAGUAGUCUCCUACUUAUAUUAGAAGUAGUUAUCACAUGCAAAGAUUAAUUUAUCAUUGCAAGUCUGGCAAUAAAGUGUGAAACGCCUUAUAAUGGUUUAUUUAUUAUACUACAGGGUCACUGGACUUGCUGAUGUGAAAGCCUCUUUUUCAAGAUUUGAAGAGAAGAAGACCCAGCAGGUGAAUAAACGCAGCAACACCUUCAAAUCAUUCCUCAGGAAAACACCAAAUAAAGGUAUUUAUCAUUUUAAAAAUUAGCAUUACAAGAAAUACUUUAUCAAACAUCUAGAUUUCAAAUAAUUUCCAAUGUAAAAUAUAUAUGGUAUGUGAAUAUUAGGGUCACUGAUAAAAAAUUUAUUUAAAAAUAGGUUAAUUUGUAAGAAAAGUUUGUUCGUUUUUUUUCAAAUGGGAUUAAUAACAUGAAAUAAUAAUUUUUUUUUACAGAAAUGACUACUGGCUGUAAAUUAUACAAAUUAUUGUUCCCUAUUUAUUAUUUUUAGAAAACCAACCACUUGUUAAAGAGCCAAGGCGAAUUAGUGCUGAAAGUCAGAAAAUUGGUGGAGAAUUUGCAGAGUUCCUCAAGUCCAUGAAAAGAAAGCCGGCUGCAGUGGAGAUAUCAAAAUUGGUUGGUGUUGUGCUUUUUAUUUGUUAACUUUUGACACACACCCCUUCCCCCACUUUUUUUUCUUCUUCUACAGUUAAAUUUAAUACCUAAUAUUUCUGUGCAGUAUUCAUUAAUUAAAGAUUUCCUUUAUUUUCUGUUCUGAGCACUCGCUAAGAUGUCUUUUGGUUUGUGCUCUUCUAGACAUUCAUUUUUCUCUUGCCCUUCUUAUCUAAUAUCUUAAGAAAAAGAGUAAUUUUUCUCUUGGCCUGCUAAUCUAAUCUAAUAUCUUAAGAAAAAGAGCAAACUCUUGAGCCGAACCUCAUUAGGCCAUCCCCAGUGUACCCCCUUUCCCCCCAACCUGAAAACCUUACUUUUUGGGCUGUGAAGAGGCACGCUGGAUGCACUCCGCUGCUGAGACAGCCCCACCCACCAUCCACUGGAUUGACCAAGCAAGUGGGGCAAUCCCAACCAAGAAGCAUUUGGUCGGAUGGUAAUGCUGCCCUCGUAACACCAGCAAUCAAACUUUCUAUUACUGGGAUGGAUAUACUAAAAUCAUAAUUGUACACCCCUUCCCAUCCCGGGGUGGUGUCAGGCGGCCUCUAAUACGGUUUCUACAGAUGGCUUCUACCUCCUGAAAAUUCACAGACACAAAACAGAUGCCUAGGAACAGUCCCCUUAAAUGGUGGAUGAUAGAAUCAGUGGCACGGGUUGUCAAAGCCCACCCAUGCCUCAUAUCCAUUAAGUCCACUUGUAAUCAUGAUCCUGACAUGUUUCUGUCAUUAUUUUAAGCUGUAAUUUGUUAGGUAUCGUAUAGCUGUGCUCUUUCUAAUGCAGAUAUCAGGCAAGACCCUUGUCCCCACACGCAGAUCCCCUAAAUGAUGGUGCUGUGCCCCUGGUAAUGCUAGGGGGUUGGUGGCAGCUCAAUUUAAUUGGCAUGUCUCUAUAGACAUUUCGACUAGAGUCCCUGGAGGGAUCUGGCCCUGCUAAAUUUAAAACAGUGAUUUCUUAAUGAGGAUGCAUCCCUCUUUAAGGCCACCUUACAUUUUUGAGUUGUGCAGGCCGGCUCUACAGGUAUAUAAAUAUAUACUACCUGCUCUGCACAGGGAUAUAGAUACUAGCUCCCCUAGAGUAUUAAAUAGAUAUAUAAUAGCUGCCCUUUCCAGGGAUAUAGAUAUUAUAUACUUUUGAGUUCUCCUUAUAAUUGUAAUCUGGGCCGGCGUAUGGCUGGUAUUAAUGCCUGACUGUCACACAGUGUCGGAAGCAAAAAUUUGACUGUACUUUCUCACUUUCUCAUUUUCACCUUAGUUUCCAUUCUAGUUUAAUAAAUCUUUUGAAAUGUUAUUCAGUAUGACAGAAAUUAUUCUUUUUGUAUAGAAAAAUAAUUUUCUUUUAAAAAUGUUUACUGUGGGAUUCAAAGACAGUAAUAAGAAUUUUUCACACACUACUGAAUCCCUAGUGCCAGUCCUGAUUGUAAUCCAUUGGGAUAUCAAUAUCAGGUCUUUUUAACAUUUUAAAAUAAUUAUUUUCACAGUAUUCAGUUGACAAACAUGAACAAUAAAAUCACAAUGGUGUGUCACAGAAUUAAGUUGACAAAAAUUGAAUAAUAAAAUACCUUGGAGUAGUGAUUUUUUUUCAAAAAGUUAUCUAUCUAUUGUCGUAAAGUUUUAUUUAUACUUUAUUUAUUCUUUACUUUUGUUAAGGUUCGUGGGUUUAUUGAACGCAUCCAGCAUAAUCAAGAAUUAGCCAUUGAUGACCUGUCAGAGAUGGUGCAGGAUUUUUACACAAGUUUAUCAGAAAAGCUCAACUGUCUGCCUGUAUUCAAAGGUUCACAUUUUAUUUUCACCUUUACCACUGUAAAUUACUCAAUUCUCUUUUUUUUUUUUUAAACACUUAAACAAUAAAUGUAUCCAGAUUUUAAAAUGACAACACUUAAAUAAAUCAUUUUGACCUUCUUAGAAUUAAUUGUGAUCUCUAACAUCACAAAGACAAAACUGUCUUAAAUAGUUUUCUAUUCUGAGGUUUGCUUCAGAAGCAAGAAAAAAGGAAAGAAAAAAGCAAGAAACUGAAACUUAGAGAGAUAUAAGUUCUUUAUUAGCAUUACCAAGAGUCUUUUUUGUAAUCUUGUAACUUCAUUAGAAAUCAAUGAAGAGUUAUGGAGACAAUAUAAGAAAAUUUACAAUUUAUAAAUUUUAUUAAAGUGAGUUAAAUUUGACUGAUGAAAUUUUAAAAUCUUUGUUCCAACUGAGUUAUAUUGAACUAUUACAUGGAAAAUGACUUGUUUACCAAAAAUUAGUGUAAAAUAUUAUUUGGAUUUUAAUAGAAAUUUAUUAAUUUUUUUAAAAUAAGUAAUUUAAAGAUGAGAACUCUAACAUUCCAUGUAAGUUUAAUUCUGAUGUCAUUGUGUCAAUAGGUUUUAAUCCUGAUGUGAUUUGUAUCUGUAGGUUUCAAUCCUGAUGUGAUUUGUAUCUUAGGUUUCAAUCCUGAUGUCAUUGAUAAGGUGAUGGACUACACAGAACGCUACAUCUUAACACGCCUAUACCCUUCCAUUUUCUGCCACCCCUCAACCAAUGAUGAGGAGAGGGAUCUGGGCAUACAGAACCGCAUCCGAAGUCUUCACUGGAUAACCGCUGCCCAGCUCGAUACCCUCAUCAAUGAAAAUGAUCCAGCGAUCCGGCAUGAAUUGGAUAGUGCAAUAACAGGUAACCUCACUUUGUGUGAGCAAAAAUUAACAGUAGAUGCUUAAUAAUGUGGGUGGAAGACAAAGAAUUAUAAAAACAUUACAAAUUUAUUAAUCAUAUUUAGUAUCAAGCUUUCAAAAUUUUGUAGCAUAAUUUUAAAAUAAAAAUGACUUUGUGUUAUGAAAGAUGUAGACACAAAGGUAAACAUUUUAAGAAAUAUUUUUUUUCAAUUCAAAGUGUUUGUUUGACAAUUUUCUCAUUUUUAACCAAUAAUGUGAUGUUAUGUUCCCAUUUCCUUUCCUCUGCAUUUCUUUAGUCUUUUAUUUGUCAAUUUUAACAAGAUGCAUGGUUCCUAUUGGAUAUGUAACAGACAAAUGGAAGGACCAACCCAUAGUUAAUCAUGACCUGUUUUUUUUAAUUAUCAGCUGUUAUUUUUCCCCCAUCAUCAUAGAGUCUACUCUGCACAGAUUUCAAGCUACAAUUAUUUUUGAAUCUGCUUUCACUUACUUUUUAAAAAUCUUUUUUCUAUCCAGACAUCAUAGAGCUUGACUCUAAACGUGCAACGCAAGACAAACUGCAGUGUGUUGUCAGCUGCAGCAAGCAUAUCUUUGAGGUUCUACGUCAGUCCAAGCAGGGGCCAGCCAGUGCUGAUGAGUUUCUGCCUGCUCUCAUAUACAUUGUCCUGAAGGCGAAUCCCCCUUUACUCCAGUCAAACAUUCAGUACAUUACAAGGUUUGCCAACCCGACUCGUCUCAUGAGCGGUGAAGAGGGAUAUUACUUUACUAAUCUGGUGAGAAAAAUGGUAACAACCUUACAAGCUAUCUGACAAGAGAGUAUUUUAAGUCAAACUUUGAGAUACUGGACUUAAAUUUCUAUAAUGUCAAUAGACAGACAAUUUUUGAAAAAAAAAUUCAUUGAACAAAAUUUAAAACUACACAAAACAGAUUUAUAUAAUAAAUAAAAGUAAACAAAAGGUUGUUUAAAAGAAAAUUGAUGUACUUUUUGUGACAUUGCUUUGAAUGACUUACUUUGAACUGUUGACUUGAGACAGCAUAGCAUUUAGUAUUUGUUGAUAUUUGUUAUCUAAAUAUUACAUUUUGGCGUAUUGUUAUCCACCUAUCACCAGUAUUAUUUUUUUGUAAAUUGUUUGAAAAGAUAACCUUAUAUUUUGUAUUGCAGAGAAAAAAACUUAUUUUAUAAAAUUAUUUUGUUUCAGAGUACCCGUAAUUUGUCAUUUAAAAUUAUUUUUUUCAGUGCUGUGCAGUUUCAUUUGUAGAGGGCAUUAAUGCAGAAUCUCUGAACAUUAGCCAAACAGACUUUGACAGAUAUAUGUCUGGGGAAGCUGUUCCACCGGGCUCAGGAAAUGAACAGCUUUGUAAAGGCCUGCAAUUAAUGUACGAAAAUCUCAGAGAGCUCGCCGAGUUACGCCAACGCCAAGAAAAGGUUAUGGCUGAAGCUCUUCAGCUCCAAGCUGACAUGAACGAGUUCAAGGAGGACUUUAUCAAACAGGUUGACAGAACAAAGGAGAACAAUCCUUGGAUGGUCCGACCCAGGAAGGUCAAGGUGGACCCUGAUGCAGAGCUAUCGGGAAAUAAUAGUAACCUCCCUUCUCCACUGACUCCUCUCCGGGUUCAUCUCGAUGGCUCUGUUGUUCAACAAGAAUGCAACCAAGGUGGGCCAGAUGGGGAGGUGGAGGAAAUGGCAGUUGAUGUCAGCAUUUUAGUGGAUGGGGUUAAUGUUGUGAACAAUAGUGUGUUGGACAGUAAAAGUGAUAUUGAUGAUAUGCUCCUCGGAGAUGGGAGGUUCCUGGAGGUCGGAGCACCUGUCCCAGGAGAAGACAGUGCUGGUGCUGGGGGCAUGUGGGAGCCUAAUCAAGGUACAUUAUCAGGCUCCAUGGAAAUGGAGCAGGGCUCUGGUUAAAAAAAUAACGAUGGAGUCUUAUGUUUUGACCAGUCAAGCUGAACAGAAUUUAAACCAGAACAUUUUUUUCCUUGAAUACUGUGCAACAGUAAGUUUUUGAGACAUCAGAAAUUAUUUUCAUUAGAAGUCUUAAUUUAUGUGCACAUCUUCUCCACCAUUAUCCCAAUGUUCAAUAUCAACCAGUCUUUCCAAAAUUGCUCAUUUUUAUUUAUGGCUGCAUCAAGCACCUUUUUUAAUUAUUUUUUAUCGAUGUAAACUUGAUAAAAAAAAGUUUGCUACUCAUGACAUAAUUACUUCAACUGAGGUAAGACCUUAUUGCUUCUAUUGACAGAGUCAUCAUUAUCUACUCAAAUAGUGGGGUAAAGGCAUGGCCAAGAUUUGUUGUAAUUCAAACAAAUGCAAAAAUUGUAGAAAUUUGUUUCUUCAUCUUUAUUAUCUCCCUUGGUUUAAAUGACAUGCUUUUAUUUUUUUACCCCCCUUGUGACUCUUCUGGGGCUAGAAACAUUUCUUGUGCCAUGUGAUCAAACAUGUGACCAGCCAUGACUAACUAUCACAUGAUCAUCAUGUGACAACUUGCGUGAGGUCAGAUGAUAUAGUUCACAAAAAGAUUAGCUUGAUAAACUUUUCAAAGAAAUUGUUACAUAUUGCACUUACUAUUAUUUAGAGUUUAAAAAAAAAAGAAAUAAAUGACUUGAAAUAUUCAUGUUUGGCAAGGAUUUUUUAAAUCAGUUUUUUUCUGUCUUUUGUGGCUUGAGAAUGCAUUUUUAAAGUUUGGGUUUCAUAAAUUCUUGUAUAAAUAUGCAAAAUUUUUUGUAUUGUGAUGAUUAUUUCCAUCAUGGACCUUGAAUAAAAAUAUUUUUUGUCUGGUUCUUAACUUUUCACAGUAUGGACCUUGGGCAUAUUAGUGUUCUUUCCGCUCUUUAGUGAAAUGUGAAUACACAUUACUCUUAUUUGUCUGACAUUGGUGGUAUAUCCUUUUUUUAAAAUAUUUCCCCAUGUAUUUCCAUAAUAUGAAUUGCACUUUUCAUUUCCAUAAUUUGUCUCGAUUUUAUGAAUCAUGUAUUUUUUUAAAAUGGAAAAAAAUGUUCAAUUUAAUUGUUAGAUAUUUCCAUCAAAUGUUUACUUCUUAAAAGCUUGAAACUUUAAAAAAUUCUUUUUUUAAAAGAAAGGACCAGAUUUUGUUUAUUUCCCCCCCCCCCCCCCCCCACACACACACAAACACAAUCAUUGUGUACAAAAAAUGGCUAGCACCAUUGAUAUAAGUGUGUCGAGCCAAAAGUGUUGUUGGUUUUGAUCGGAUCCAAAUCUGCAGGUAGGACAAAGGUCGUCUUGAACAGAGGCUGAGAUAAGAAUGUGUCAUCUUUGUUCUUUUUGAUAAGACACAUUCGCAUCAUUCUAUUANUUUUUUUUUUUUUUUUUAUAUAUAUAAAUAUUUUUUUUUUAAUUUUAAAAUUUUAUUUAAAAGGCAAACAUAAAAUUUUUGUAUGCUGCUUACAAUCCCUAUUACUUUUUUUUUUUAAUGUCAUAUUGUGUGCUGUGCUAAAGUGGAACCUUGCUCAUCUGUGCAAUUAUUUAUUUUAUACUUAAUUCCUCUAACAAUUUCCAGACGUGCUUGAAUUCAUAUUUAAGUGUGUAUCUGAAAAUAUAGAGGACUUCGGACUUCAUGAACACUUUUAGUCCUGUGAGGAGAAGGAAAAGUUCAAGUCACCCACUGGUUUUGUCAUGUAAUGAAUGUGUAAACUGUACAUAAAGUAAUUUUCUAGCAUUUGGUGUACACAAUACAAGUCAGAUCUUCUAUGUAUCCUCCCAUGGGCCUCAUUGCUAUUGGUAAAAGUUGUUCAGAGAUUUUUUGUGUGUGUUUCAAAUCAUCUUGUCAUUUUGAAGGAGGUAUUCAGAGAUAACUUUGAAGAGAAUAAAAACAGACAAUGAUAACUGUUAAUUGGUGUUAUAAAUUAAAGGUCUGCAUUCAAGCCUGGUAAAUGAAUGAAAUAGCAAACCGAGGUAUGUGGAAGCUUGAAUUAGAGAACAGGACAAAAAGAUAAGGACGUUUCGGCAUAAAGCCUUCUUCAGCUAACAGUAGAAAUGAAAAUAUCACAAAGAACAGAGCACAGUAAACAACUCAAG